AAAAAAAAGCUCUUUCUUCUAUCAGUUCAUCUCCUCACGUUCCUUCUCUGUAUCUGCAACCUAUCCUUCAUUUCUUUGAUCUGGAAAUGCAAUUUUCUUCACAUCCUUUUCCUUACUUUGGGUUUCUGGUUCUAUAAUGGUGUAUCGAUGGCCAAGCGGUCACAUGUGACGGAACUUGGCUGCAUCGCCUGUGAAGAAUUGUCCGAAUUUGGUGCUGGCAAGGAAGGGUGGCUGGUCGACAACCGCUCCCUUCUCACCGUCCUCGACACUCAUUCUGUUGCUCUUGCUGAUUGUUCUACCGUUCUCAUCCUCGGCUGGAAUGAAGAUGAUCCCUCCAAUCGUUCCGUCAAGAUCCGACCUUCUCUGUCCCCAACGGAGGGCGAGAUUACCGCCAUCGAAUGGCUCGUCUUUGAUGAUAUCCGUGUACUUUCCCUUGGAACCUCUAAUGGGUAUCUGCUCAUCUACUCUGUGGGUGGCGAUCUAAUUCAUAAACAGAUGAUAUAUCCUGGACGUGUACUUAGGUUGAGAGUCCGUGGAACCAGGAAUGGUUUUUCUCAAAAUUCAUCCUCAGAGGAGGUUUCUGUUGUUAUGCCAGGUGUAAUAGCACGCUUUGAUGGAUCGGAUGUUCAGAGCUUGCUCCAACGAUGGUUUCAAGAAGUGCGUUCACAGUUUUGGGAUCAGAAAUUGCAAAAGCGAGAUCCAGAGGAUCCAGGAAGUUCAUAUGGAAGACUGCAACACCAGCUGUGGAAUGUCAGCAAGUAUGGAACAUGUCUUGAUGCAGCAAUUACUGGGAUAAUGCCGCCUCCACUGAUGGAACUUCAGUCAAGUCAAUGUUACUAUUGUGCAGUCACCAUUGGAGUGGAUGCUGUACUUUCAGCUUACAGGCUUUCGGAAGACAGAAGCAGAUCUUUAGUUGGAACCAUUCUGUCAAAAGUUCUGCCUGCCACAUUUUCAACAUUGGCUUCCUUCUCUAAAAUGAUAUGGCGAAGUGAGCAAACAUCAACCGGAAAAACAGAUGUGAAACCUCAGCCAUUUGCUAGAGCAUCUCCUUUGACGUGCUUAAAAGAUAAUCCAAGAAAAGGAGAGAAACUCACUCUGUCACCUAGUGGUAAAUUAGCAGCUAUUACGGAUUCACUUGGUCGUAUUUUACUGCUAGACACUCAGGCACUUGUUGUUGUGCGACUAUGGAAGGGAUAUCGUGAUGCUUGCUGCCUUUUUACGGAGAUGUUAGUUGAUAAUACAACAUCAUCAACUUCUUAUUAUGAACACUCGAAGAGUGACUAUUGCCUAUGUCUUGCUAUUCAUGCACCUCGGAAAGGAAUAGUUGAGGUCUGGAAGAUGCGAACUGGACCCCGUCUUCUAACCAUUCACUGUCCAAAAGGUAGUAGAAUCCUUCAACCUACCUAUAGGUUUGGUUCAUCAUCAGCAUCUCCAUCAUCUUAUGUUCCUCUUGAAGUUUUCUUGUUGAAUGGAGACUCUGGUCAAUUAUCUGUUCUGAAUCGCUCUCUCAAUUGAGAAGAACUAAUAUUAUUUUAUCAUAAUUUGAUCAAAUUCAUGGGUUUCUGCUUUUCCAA